CCGCCCAAUAAGCAGCUUCUCCUUAAACCCCCACACCUCACACUUCCAUUCCUCUGUACUUUUUCAGUACAGAAGGAAAAAAAAAAUCUUUUUGAGAUGAAGAGAACACAAGAGAUAAUCCAAUUCACUAAAGAGCCCUACAUUGAAGAUGUUGGUCCUAGAAAAAUAAAAAGCAUUCAAUUUUCUCUAUUCUCAGAGGUGGAAAUUUUGAAGUUAGGAGAAGUUGAAGUCUACCGUGGGGUUUACUAUGAUUCUACUAAAAAGCCUAUUCCUAAUGGCUUGUUAGAUCCCCGCAUGGGGCCUCCAAACAAGAAUGGGGGUUGUGAAACUUGUCAUGGGAACUUUAGAGAGUGUCCAGGUCAUUACGGAUACUUGGUGCUUACUCUACCUGUUUAUAAUGUUGGAUAUUUAGGCACAGUUGUGGACCUCUUGAAGUGCAUAUGCAAGUGCUGCUCCUCAAUACUUCUAGAUGACAAGGAGCGUCGAGUCUUUUUGAAGAAGAUGAGAAAUCCAAGAACUGAGCCUUUGAUGAAGAGUGAACUACAGAAAAAGGUUGUGAAAAAGUGUACUUCCAUGACAAGUGGCCAGAAGAGUGUCACAUGUUCCAAAUGCGGAUACAUGAAUGGUAUGGUGAAAAAGGGUCAGUUAAAAAUCAUCCAUGAACGAGGAAAUCGUUUCUUGGACGAGUUUAAUGCGGCUAUCUCUCACAAGAUAGAUCUCAAGACAUCUGUUAGUGUGCCUCCAGAAAUUGAUCCAAAAGCAGUUUACUCCCUUUUUAAGAAUAUGUCUGAUGAGGAUUGUGAGCUACUCUACCUCAGCGAUAGACCAGAAAAACUUCUUGUCACAAGUAUCCCAGUGCCACCAAUAGCUAUUCGCCCUUCAGUAUUUGUGGAUGGUGGAACACAGAGCAAUGAGAACGACAUCACAGAGAGGCUUAAGCGUAUUAUUCAAGAAAAUGCCAGACUUCUCGAAGACAUUUCUGAUACCAGUUUUCAAAACAAGAGUCUGAAUGCUUGGGUUGGUCUGCAAAUGGAAGUUGCACAGUAUAUAAACAGUGAUGUUCGUGGAGUGCCACUACAUUUGCAAGCUAGUAAACCAAUGAGUGGUUUCACUCAACGCCUUAAAGGAAAGCAGGGACGAUUCCGUGGAAAUCUCUCGGGGAAGCGUGUGGAAUAUACUGGCCGAACUGUUAUAUCUCCUGAUCCAAAUUUGAAAAUUACAGAGGUUGCCAUUCCAAUACUGAUGGCUCGAAUUUUGACAUAUCCUGAGCGAGUUUCACAGCACAACAUAGAGAAGUUGAGGCAAUGUGUUCGUAAUGGACCAAAUAAAUAUCCUGGUGCAAAGUUUAUCAAGCAUCCUGAUGGAACUGAGAUAUCGUUGAUGUUCUCUUCUAGAAAGCGUCAUGCUGAUGAAUUGAAAUUUGGUUAUAUUGUUGAUCGGCAUCUGGAAGAUGGAGAUAUAGUCCUGUUUAACAGACAGCCAAGUCUUCAUAGGAUGUCAAUCAUGUCUCAUCGGGCAAGGAUAAUGCCAUGGCGCACAUUGAGAUUUAAUGAAUCUGUAUGCAAUCCUUAUAAUGCUGAUUUUGAUGGGGACGAGAUGAAUAUGCAUGUGCCACAAACAGAAGAGGCGAGAACAGAGGCUCUUAUGUUAAUGGGGGUUCAAAACAAUUUAUGCACUCCGAAGAGUGGAGAAAUUUUGGUUGCUUCUACCCAGGAUUUUUUGACGUCUUCCUUUCUCAUCACGAGGAAGGACACAUUCUAUGAUCGCGCUUCCUUUUCACUUAUAUGCUCAUAUAUGGGCGACGGAAUGGAUCCUAUAGAUUUACCAACUCCAGCACUGAUUAAGCCGGUUGAGCUUUGGACUGGGAAACAACUCUUUGGCGUGCUGCUGCGUCCAUAUUCAAAGAUGAGAGUCUAUGUAAAUCUAACAGUCACAGAAAAGAGUUACAGCGGGAAAGGGGAAACAAUGUGCCCAAGUGAUGGAUUUGUUUAUUUCCGAAAUAGUGAACUGAUCAGCGGGCAACUCGGGAAGGCUACAUUAGGAAAUGGAAAUAAGGAUGGUCUAUACUCUGUUCUGUUGAGGGACUACAAGUCACAUGCUGCUGCAACAUGCAUGAAUCGGCUUGCAAAAUUAAGGUGCGCUAGUUAG